AUGCCAGUACUCUUUCCUUUGGGCGCGGCCCCUCGCACUGUGCGCAUGUUGCGCGUGCCGCAAAUCCCGCGCCGAUUGAUUUCCUCAAGCCGAUCUUUCCCAUCAAAAGACUCGAGCCUUGGACAAAAGUUCAACAAUAUACUCAUAAAGUCGCCGCCCUAUCGCCUUUUCUCUUCUUCGGUUCAAAAAUGCAGCGCAAACACUGUUGUACGAGUGCCAGCCAUGGCCGAGUCUAUCACCGAGGGAACUCUCGUCCAACUCACCAAGCAAGUCGGAGACUAUGUGGAACAGGAUGAAGAGCUUGCCACGAUUGAAACUGACAAAAUUGAUGUCGUGGUGAAUGCACCCCACUCCGGGAUCAUAAAACGGCUCCUCGUGAGCGAGGGGGAUACAGUGACUGUGGACCAGACUAUCGUGAAACUCCAGCGAGCAGAUAGCACAUCAUCGGAAAGCAUCCAGAGUUCAUCUACCAAAACGCAAGAAUUGGGUUCAGAAACACUUGACAAAGAAAAGGAAACGGUAACAGAACCCUUAGCAUCUCCAACAAAGCCUGCAACAAGUACGGGAUUUCAAAACAAUGCAUCACCCCCGAUGAAGGGAAGUCAUCCGAUUCAGGAUGCUGUUCAGGCGGAGCCUAGGCCCGGAUCUAAGCAUGUGCGUGGGGAGAAUAGAGUCAAAAUGACUCGAAUUCGAAAGAAGACCGCCGAACACCUGAAACAGUCUCAGAAUACCGCAGCAUUUUUGACGACAUUCAACGAAGUGGAUAUGUCUAAACUGAUGGACUUCCGGAAAAUGAACAAAGAUUCGAUUAUGGAACAACAUGGCAUCAAGCUAGGAUAUAUGGGCGCAAUGGCUCGGGCAUCAUCUUUGGCCCUGAAAGAGAUCCCAGCUGUUAAUGCAGCCAUUGAAAAUGGCGAUACUAUCGUUUAUCGUGACUAUGUAGAUCUCAGCAUUGCCGCCGCCAUUCCGAAGGGUCUUGUUACCCCCGUUCUCCGAAAUAUCGAGUCAAUGGGCCUGGUCGAGAUCGAAAAGAAUAUCUCGAGCCUAGUGGCAAAAGCCCGAGAUGGAAAACUCACAAUGGAUGAUCUGACAGGAGGCAGCUUUACAAUCAGCAACAGUGGAGUAUGGGGCUCUUUGUUUGGUACACCGAUCAUCAACAUGCCCCAGAUGGCGGUUCUUGGAGUGUAUGGCAUCCAGGAUCGACCAGUGGCUAUCAAUGGCCAAGUCGCAAUUCGACCGAUGAUGUACAUUGCACUAACAUAUGAUCACCGGAUUAUUGAUGGUAGGGAAGCAGUGAAAUUUCUGACUCUGGUCAAAGGAUAUCUUGAGGACCCGAACACGAUGCUGCUUCAAUAA